AUGGCGCUCCUCCCCCUCCGUCUGAACGUAAACUACGAGGAAGAGCAGGACGUGUUCAAAGAGUUCCUUCAGCACUUCAAAUCUAGCCAGUCCGUCUCUGAAGCUUCUGCGACUGAAGCGAUCUUGGAUCUUAACAUUGACGAAGAUGACCUUGAUGCGCUGGAUGAAAUGGAGGAGGAUGGCGAGGAGAAUCAGCGAACAACGAGACGACAGAGGCGGGAACCCAAGCUUAAAUACAUGUCAAUUCUACAGAACAUUGCGGAUCGGCUGAAGAAUAACAUUGUCAUCGAGCUGGACGAUCUGGAUAAAUUCUUGAAAUCGGUGCCCGAUGGACCACACUCGAACCUUGCGGAGACUAUUACGAACAAUGCGAAACGUUAUAUCGACGUCUUCUCGGAUGCGAUUGACGAAAUCAUGCCCAAGGAGACCGCAGAAGUGACGUUUAAGGAUGAUGUUGUUGAUGUAAUCGUUUCUCAGCGUGGACGAAGGAAUGACGCCAUGAAUAUGGCACUGGAAGCAGAUAUAGACGUCGGCGUGCAGCCAUCUACAUUCCCCCCCGAACUCACCAGGAGAUACACUCUCAACAUUAAACCAAUCACACCCUCUGGGUCCAGUAGCGACCGCAACGCCAAAGCCCUCGCGGUUCGAGAAGUUCGUGGAGCCCAGCUCGGGAAAUUGAUCACAGUCAGGGGAAUCACCAUCCGAGUUUCUGACGUUAAGCCCUCCGUCAAGAUCAAUGCAUAUACCUGCGACCGCUGCGGGUCAGAAGUGUUCCAGCCCAUUACCACGAAGCAGUUUCUCCCAAUGACCGAAUGUCUCUCAGAAGAAUGCACAAAGAACAACACCAAGGGACAACUCUUCCUAUCUACUCGUGCCUCGAAGUUCGUUCCGUUCCAGGAGGCCAAGAUACAAGAGAUGGCAGACCAGGUGCCCAUCGGACACAUUCCUCGUACAUUGACGGUCCACUUGCUGGGCAACUUAGCGCGGCAAUUGAACCCGGGCGAUAAUGUUGACAUUGCCGGCAUUUUCCUACCCACGCCAUACACAGGUUUCCGUGCUAUUAAAGCCGGUCUACUAACCGAUACCUAUCUUGAAGCCCAACAUAUUACCCAGCAUAAAAAGGCAUAUGAUCAUCUUGUGAUGGAUCCAGCAACGCUGAGAAAGAUAACUAGACAUGCAAGCUCAGGAAACAUGUAUGAGUAUCUAUCGCGCUCCAUUGCGCCGGAAAUUUACGGCCACCUUGAUGUCAAGAAGGCUCUCCUGCUCCUCUUGAUUGGUGGUGUGACGAAGGAGAUGGGAGACGGAAUGCGCAUUCGCGGUGAUAUCAACAUCUGCCUGAUGGGUGACCCCGGAGUUGCAAAAUCUCAGCUCCUCAAAUACAUUACCAAGGUGGCUCCUCGUGCUAUCUACACCACUGGACGGGGAAGCAGUGGAGUCGGUCUGACAGCAGCAGUCAUGCGUGAUCCUGUUACAGAUGAAAUGGUUCUUGAGGGCGGUGCCCUUGUCCUAGCAGAUAACGGUAUCUGCUGUAUCGAUGAAUUCGAUAAGAUGGACGAUGGAGAUAGGACUGCCAUCCACGAAGUCAUGGAACAGCAAACCAUCUCGAUAUCCAAAGCUGGAAUCUCGACAACACUCAACGCUCGUACCUCCAUCCUUGCGGCUGCCAAUCCUCUGUAUGGAAGAUACAACCCUCGAAUUUCACCGGUUGAAAACAUCAAUCUCCCUGCUGCUCUUCUCUCUCGUUUCGAUGUCCUCUUCCUCAUGCUCGACACUCCCUCCCGCGAUUCUGACGAAGAACUCGCCAACCACGUUGCAUACGUGCAUAUGCACAACAAACACCCAGAAACCAGCCCUGAUGAGGUGGUAUUCACGCCCGCCGAGGUACGACAAUACAUUGCCAAAGCACGAACAUACCGCCCCGUAGUACCGAAGAGUGUAUCGGAAUAUAUGGUAGGUGCCUAUGUCCGCAUGCGCAAGCAGCAAAAAUUAGAAGAAGGAAGCAAAAAACAAUUCUCCCACGUCACGCCACGAACAUUGCUGGGUGUGCUCCGUCUCUCCCAGGCUCUCGCCCGUCUACGUUUCAGCGACCGUGUCGUUACAGAGGAUAUCGACGAAGCCCUACGACUGAUCGAAGUCAGUAAAUCCAGCUUGCACCAGGACUCACAAGCUGGCCUCGACCACAGCCCUACAAGCAAGAUUUACAAUCUCAUCUGCGCCAUGAGAGAAAGUGGUGCGGCUGCCAUCGGUGACGGAGACGAAGGAACGCUCAACAUGAAGAGGAUUCGGGAACGAGUUGUCGCGAAAGGAUUCACUGACGACCAACUCAGCCAGGCAAUUGAUGAAUAUGCAGAGCUGAACGUAUAUUUCCUUCAACAGGUCUGGCAAGUCAGCGGAAACGGCACCCGGCUUGUUUUCAUUGAAGCUGGAGAUGAUGAUGCGGCGAUGGAUAUGUAG